AUGAGUGAGGGACAUAUCAGCCACUCCUUCUUCGUCAUGGGACCACUCCGCUUACUUCUCUUACUCCUCUUGGGGCUCGCGGCGUUUACGCCGGUGACCGCGUCCGCAGAAGAGGAUGAAGAACUCAUCGAAAACAUGAACAGCUACACCAGAUUGGACUGCCCGAGCUCCUUCUUCACUGUGGGCGACCGCUGCGUGCUGGUGAACCCCUUCCUGAGCGGCACGUGGGACGAGUCGCGCUUCUACUGCAAGACUCUGGGCGCGGACAUGGUGCAGAUAGAGUCAUGGGAGUUUUAUCUUGCCAUCCUCGAAUUCCUGAUAAUGGAAGGCCUGGACGAGAACAGUUACUGGAUGGGAGCUCGUGAUGUUGCCCAAGAAGGAGAGUGGCGGUGGGAGGUGGGCGGCGAGCUAAUGACGAUGGGAAGCCCUUUCUGGUCCCUCUACUUUCAACCCGGCUACGUCUACCACAUGGAGCCGUGGGGAGGGAUCGCCUCCAACUGCGCUCGUCUGGACCACAAGCGCUACUUGUACAUGGACGACGAUGACUGCUUGAACCAUAACGCCGUCAUGUGUCAGGUGGUGCCCAAGUGACGAACGACAGCCACCACCACGACGAUCACGACAAACAACACCGCUACCACAACGCCACCGUGUGCUAUAGGGACGAACGGAAGAACGUCAGCAUGUUAUAACCAUCACCACCGCCAUCACUACACGACUAACUUACGAAUGAACUGACAUUUAAGAAAUACGCACUUAUGGGAGAAUAACAGUACAUACAAAACGAAGAAAGGUCUGUUGUUGAAUGCCACUACUCCAAAAAGAGAUAAAAAGAUGGAUGGGAUGA